AUGAAAUUUUUCUUUGCUACACUUAUUGCAUUAGCUUUUACAUCAUCAGUACAAGGAGAUUCCGUUUCAAAUGGAAGAAUUAGACGUCAAGUUGGAUAUGGAUUUGGAGCUCCUGUUCCAGCAUGCAGUCCUACAUGUUUAGGUGGAGCCACUUGUGUUAGAGGAGCAUGUGCCUGUGCCGAACCAACAGUUGUUUAUUCUCCAGUAGUAGGUUGUUCUCCAUUACCAAUGCCAGCAAUGCCUGUUCCUACUGGAAGACUUAUUCCUCAAGCUAUACCAGGUGCUCCAUGUGGUCAACCAGGUGUUGAAUGCACUGGUGGUUCAAUUUGUUCACUUGGUGUUUGUGUAUGCCCACCAGAACUUGUUCAAGAAGGUACUGUUUGUGUCUUAAGACAAGUUUACGGUGUUGUUCCACCACCACCACCAGUUGCCGUUCCAGUUGCAGCUCCACUUUUGGCAUUAGGAGCUCCAUGUGCAAUUAAUGCUGGACCAGCUGCUCCAGCUUGUGUUUCUAAUGCAAUGUGUUAUGAAGGAACUUGUAGAUGUGCACCACAAUUCACUCCAACAGCAGGUGGUUGUAUCAUGAGAAAGUAA